AAAUCACUCAGACUUAAUUAGCUUUUUAAAAGGGGCAAACUUUAUUAAAAUAGUAUAGUAGAAAUAAUUUAUACAAAAUAUCCCUUCAAGAGUUUGUGACACAUAUUUCUAUUCAGUACAUUAAAGUCCACGGGAAAUGUAGCAAAAGGGUAAUUCUUGAUUCCUGGCAAUCUUUUUGUUGGAAUCCUUAAGAUAUUCCCCUUAAUAAUUAGUAUUUUGUUUUUUAAUCUGGUGGGUUUUGGUUUUUGUUUUUUCGGCUGACAUAUCUAACUGUGUCUAGUCUGUCAUAAGAGUCCCAGUACAGAUACUAUGGAGUGCAAUAGUUAUUGCUGUCCCUGGUUGAGAUGCUUUAAAAAAAUUUUUUUCAAAGUCCAAAUCUUCUGAUCUUCCAAACUUCACAGAGUAUUAUUCCAGCCAUUGAAGAAAUGAAGCAAAGCGUGAGGCUGAUACAAAUAUAUUCUUCUUCCCCCCAAAGCAGUUCCUUCUUGACUCAAAUAUCUCCUCUGCUGAGAUAUUUGAAUUUCAUGAGUUCUGAACUAGUUCCUGAUUAAGGCAUUAAGCAUGGCCAAAUGUAGUCAAUCUGAACACUUUUUAUGUAAAAGACUUUUCUUCACUUAGUCAAAAGUCUGUAAUUACUAUCUCUAGAAAAAUAUACUCACUUGGCUAUCUGGACUUAAUAUCUUCACACUUACAUUAAUGGGAAAGGGUGAUUUUCUUUUUUCACUCAAAACCCAUUUUCUAGCUCAAAUCCUUUAGCCUUACAUUUAGCAGCAGAAUAUUCUGGAAUGACAGAAAUUUCCAAAUGGAGAUAUAAUACAAAUUCUGUGCUGUGCCUCUAAUCAAAAAUAUUAAGCAAUUUGUUCAAGAGAUGGAAAUAAAUGUUUCAAUAGCACCCUGAAAACCUAUAGGCUAUAAUAAAGGUUUGACUUGGAAAAAAUGAACUGUUUGUGAAAGGUAUACUUAAUAUCCUAUACAAUAAAAGUGGUUAAUUAAAAUUAAUUUAAUGAAAUAUGUGAAUUUUUAAAAUGUCAAAAAUUUUGUAAAUUUAGUGCCAAAUCACAAAAAGAUAUAAUUACAGCAAAAGUCAUUAUAUAUUAAAGGGAUUUUUAAAGUUUUAAAUAAAUUAUCAAGGUUUAUUUUAUUAUUCAAAGUUUACCUUUGCUGCAAGUAAUUAACACACCAAUAUAGUCCUGUCCUAACAAUUCAUAACAUCUCACCUAUAUAUCCCUCGAUUCUUUUCUGACACUGCCAACACACUGGACUAUUCAAAGUGAAUUCUUCUUGUUCUUUCUUCUCUGUAGUUAUUCUGUCACUCCAGUCCACCCUCCACUCAGAAGUCAAACUGAGCUCCUAGGCAGCAGGUAUGACAGUAUCAUCCUCUCCCAUCCUCCAUUUAAUCAACUCUGUUACUCCACGAUCAAAACUAAAAUCUUGUUUGGAUUUUAAAGCUCUUCAUAACUUGACCCUGUCCUACUUUUGCAGUUUUCUUAUACCCAAUUUUCUUCCACAUACUUCAUGUAGAUACUUUCUUGCUCCUCCCAUCGCCUUCCUGGGGACAACUCUCCUGCCUAAUCAAUUUUAUGGAGUUCCCCAUAUACAGUAUUCUUUUCUACCACUUUGCCUCUACCUCCUGGCUUCUGACAAGACCCCCUACAAGAAGUCUUUCCUUCUGUUGAUGAUUCCCAAACCAUCUUGUACAUGGUUGUUCGCACUACCUUCAUAACUAGACUAUGAGCAUCCUAAGAAAAGGGAUUUUUUUUUUUUUGGGGGGGGGGGCGGCUUUCUCUGCAUCACCAGUGCUUGGCAUAGAGCCUAGCACUUAUAAAUGCUAGAUAAUCAGUUAGGACCUUGCCUGGCAUACGGAAAAUGCUUUAAUCAAUGCUUGUUGAUUUAACUGGACUGGACUUGGUUAUUUGAGGGAGGGGAGGGUACUAAGGAAACUAAGGGCACUGAAAAAUAAUUGGGUUGCGCAUAAGACUACCAUCACCGGAUUUGGGGGGGGAGGGGGAAGAGCAAAAGCAACCAAAGCUCGAGGCUGGGCCGGUCCUUGACAUCCGUGUCAAAGACCCGCCUCUUCCCCUUUAGUUCCGACGCCUGGGGCCCGCCCCGCUUCAUCUACAGGUGCGGGGGCGGGGCCAGGCAGGCGCGGGCCUCUCCGCUCAGGCAGCGCCAAGGGCCGCCUCUUCGGGGUCCUGGCGGCAACGCUAGAGCUACUACCCCCAGGAAAAUGGCGGCGCCCUCGUGGAGAAUUGCACUGUGCGGAAUGCGGAACGCCCGUAGCUUCGGCACCACGGCCGUUCUGAGUCGCCGGUCCGUCCCGCUGGGGCCCAUGCCCAAUGAGGACAUCGACAUGAGCGCGCCGGAGAAGCUGAAGAAGUAUGGCAGUUUUGACCGCUAUCAGCGCUGCGCCGAACGCGAGGCGAACGCCCCGCACUGGUGGAAGAGCUACCGCGACUACUUCCGGCAACCUUCAGAUCCCAUAUACAAAAUAGACAUUGGAUUUCCACCCAACAAGAUGGUGAAUAGGCAACAACAGAUCCUUGAAAGGAAGAAGAUCCUCCGGGAGAGCCGGGCUAAGAUGGAGAAGGCUGCCCACCUCCGCAAUGUCCUGAUCCCACUGGAGGAGGUGAAGGUUGACUGGGAAAAGACCGUGGGCCCUUACCAUAAGCAGCGCCUGGCUGAGUACUAUGGCCUCUACCAAGACCUGUUCCUUGGUGCUACAUUUGUGCCCUGGGUCCCCCUGCAUGUGGCUUACAGUCUGGGAGAAGAGCUGGUGAUGCCGGUGUUCCACGGGAAUGAGAUCACUCCAACUGAGGCCACUAACCCCCCACAGGUGACAUAUGAGGCAGAAAAGGGUUCAUUGUGGACCUUGCUGCUCACCAACCUGGAUGGACACUUGCAGGAGCAGGAUGCUGAAUACGUCCACUGGCUGGUGACGAACAUCCCAGGCAAUGAUGUGUCUGCAGGGCAAGAGAUGUGCCAUUACCUCCCACCCUUCCCCUCAAGAGGAACUGGUUUCCACCGUUUCGCAUUCCUCCUUUUCAAGCAGCAUGAGGCCAUUGACUUUUCUGAAGAUGCCCGUCCCACACCUUGUUACCGCCUUGCUAUGAGAACCUUCCGCACAUUUGAUUUCUAUAAGAAGCACCAGGAUUUCAUGACCCCAACUGGUCUGGCCUUCUUCCAGUGCCGCUGGGAUGACUCUGUCACCCACGUCUAUCACCACCUGCUCAACAUGCGGGAGCCUGUGUUCGAAUUUGUGCGCCCACCCCCAUACCAUCCCCCACAGAAGAAGUUCCCUCAUCUACAACCACUUCGAUAUUUGGAUCGAUACCGAGAUGAAAGUGAACCCACCUAUGGCAUCUACUGAAGGACUGAGGCACUGUGGUGUACAGGGUACUUGAAAAGGACGAGAUUACCCCUUAGAGCCACCUUAGCCUUCUAAAUUUUUCAAGGAAAAUAUGUAGUAGGUUAGAGGCCAUUGGUUCCUGGGGAUCUCUUCCAUGAGGCUGUGAUUCUGUCUGUGGCUUCCUUGUAUGUGCAGUGGUUUGGGAGUGAGAAGGAAGUGUGAGGUGUUAAAGUCAAAGAGUGUGAAUCAAAAUCAGAUCAUUUUGAAUAUGCAAUAUGAUACAGUGGAUAGCUGAUCCUAAAGUUGGGACAGCCUGAGUUCAAAUCCAGUACUAGAUGUGUGACACUUGCCUUUCAGUAUUCCAGGGAAUACUCUUGUCUCUCUCUUCCCCUGCCUCACCCAGUAUAUUAUUAUUUAUUUCAUUAAAUAUAUUACAUAUAAAAAAAUUUUAAGGGGCAACAAGUUGACAUAGUGGAUAGAGCACUGUCCUUGGAGUCAAGAGGACCUGAGUUCAACUAUGGUCUCAGACAAUUGACACUUACUAGUUGUAUGACCCUGAGCAAGUCACUUAACCCCUAUUGUCUCACAAAAAAGAAAAAAAAGUUAACCUUUUUUAAAAUUUUGAAUUCCAAAUAUUCUUCCUCCUUAACUUGAGGAGGCAAGCAAUUUGACAUAGACUAUACAUGUGAGGCCAUGCAAAACAUAUUUCUAUGUUAGCCAUGUUGCUAAAGAAGCCACAGAACCAAACCCCAAGAAUAAUAAAGUAAAAAAUAUAUGCUUUGAUCUGCA